AACGUGAGCCCCAAUCUUGGUCAUGGUCAUUGCAGCACUUGACACAUCUAAUCUUUGCUGUUUCCUCUCCCAGUACAUGUUUACCUCCUCUGAGAAGUUUGUGGUGCAGCGCAGGCAGUUGCUGGAGCGGUGCCGAAAGGAAAUGCUGCCGAAGACAGAGUCCCUGCUGAAUGCAGAGCUGAUGAAGGACAAAGAGGCCCUGCUGAGGGAGCUGGAGGCAGAGCUGAUGCGGAUGGCUGAGUCCUUCAAGGCGACUAAUGAGAAGCACAAGAAGAUGGCGCUGAGAGUGGUCUACGCAGUUGCUGGUGCUGGGGUCGUCGCAGCUGCUGGUGCUGGGGUCGUCGCAGCUGCUGGUGCUGGGGUCGUCGUCGCAGCUAGUGCUGCUAGGGUCGUCGCAGCUGGUGCUGCUAGGGUCGUCGCAGCUGGUGCUGCUAGGGUCGUCACAGCUGCUUGUGCUAGGGUCGUUGCAGCUGCUGGUACUGGGGUCAUCGCAGCUGCUGGUACUGGGGUCGCAGCUGCUGGUACUGGGCUCGUCAUAGCUGCUGAUGCUGGGCUCAUCGCAGCUGCUGGUGCUGGGCUCGUCAUAGCUGCUGGUGCUGGGCUCGUCACAGCUGUUGGUGCUAGGCUUGUCACAGCUGCUCGUGCAGGAGUCGUCGCACCUGCUGGUGCUGGGGUCGUCGCACCUGCUCGUGCAGAGGUCGUCGCACCUGCUCGUGCAAGAGUCAUCACACCUGCUGGUGCUGGGCUCGUCGCACCUGCUCGUGCAGAGGUCGUUGCACCUGUUCGUGCAGGAGUCAUCGCACCUGCUGGUGCUGGGGUCGUCACAGCUGCUGGUGCUAGGCUCAUCAUAGCUGUCGGCGUGGGGGUCGUCGUAGCUGUCUGGGCUAUUUUCAUCAAGUAUAACUGAGGGAACAGCUAUUGCUGCUGGUGCGGGCGGCAUAGCUGGGAUCUGGUCAGGCUUGGGCGAGGGGGAGAGAGUUAGUGGCUAUGAACUGGGCUGAUGCCACCACCAGCCAAAGGGAGGAGGGAGACAGGACUGAGGAGCUGUGUGAUAUGCACCCCAGAUCUGGACAGUGCCCCCCCAGCCCACUGUGAGGUGAUGAAUGGGGCGACGGGACUGCAGCGCAGCCCAGACCCGUCACCCACAAACCACCCCAGAGCGGGGGAGUCGUCACCCACAGAUUCUAAGAAGGGAAAUUGGUCCAACCCGCUCUUGAAAACCUCCAAUCCCUGUGUGACACCCAGGCCCAGCGCCACCCCAGUGGAGGGUUCAGUGCCCAGUGUCAGCAACACCUAACAGGCCUGACAAACUUGCCGCACCUAACACACCGCUGUCACGGUAUUUAGCCAGUCCCUUCCAGUUCUAUGCGAUAGGUAUAUCUCCAUACGUUGUUAUAAACAGGUGUAAUCCUUCUUAGGCUUGCCCAGAAAUUAUAGGCAAUUUGUACGCAAUACAGCCAGAUGGCUGCCCCACUGACCAAAAAGAAACAGCCAAAUGCAGUUCAGUGGACUGAUGAGUUGUCAUAAACAGAUAGCUAAGGGUUAAUGUCUCUUUCACCUGUAAAGGGUUAACAAACAGUCACCUGCAACACCUGACCAGAGGACCAAUCAGGAGACAAGAUACUUUCAAAUCUCGGUGGAGGGAAGUCUCUGUUUGUGCUUUUUCUUUGUACGUUGUUCUCUCUGGGUUCUGAGAGGGACCAGACGUACCUACAAGCUCUCUACUCUUCUGUUCAAAAUUAAGCUCCAAGAAGAAAUCACAGCCAGUGUGGAACCGGCUGUCCAACCCUAUCUGUGAUUUGGGCGAGGAUGUUAUACAUUUUAAGGUGAAG